AAGGCUCCUUUCUCGCGUCUCUUGUCCACCUCUUGUGAGUGAAGCGGUGAAGUGAGUCUUAAUAUUCUCAUUUAUCCAUCAUCAUCAAACACAAUGGUGAAGGUGUUCAAACCAGGCCGUGUGGUCAUCCUUCUCACAGGAAGGCGUGCUGGCAAAAAGGCCAUUGUAAUCAAGAGUAAUGAUGAUGGUACUCAGGACCGUCCUUAUGAGCACGCCUUGGUUGCUGGUAUUGAACGCUACCCACGCAAAGUAAUGAAAUCCAUGAGCAAGAAAAAGAUAGCCAGAAGGUCAAGGAUCAAGCCUUUUGUUAAGAUUGUGAACCUAAAGCAUAUGAUGCCUACUCGUUAUACUGCUACUGACAUUGUAUUCGACAAAGUGAAAAUUAACAAGGAGAUCCUGAAGGACCCUGCACGGAGGAGGAAGGCACGCAGACUUGUGAAGGCUAAGCUGGAAGAAAGAUACAAGAGUGGAAAGAAUCGCUGGCUCUUCCAGAAGCUCCGGUUCUAAAUAAACUUUGUCUUGA